AUUAAAACCCCUUCCGAUCAAUACCCCUUCUUAGUUCUAGUUCUGAUAACCCCUAAAGUGUCUUUUUUAUCUGUUUCGUUCACUUAAGCAUAAGAUAAAUUCGCAGCAACAAUGGUUGAUGUUCUUGGUUCUUGUCAACAAGGUUUAUUCACGGAUUUCGGUAAUCAGCAUCUGAGCAACUUAGAUUCACAAUCUCGUGUUGAAUUUUUGAGGGCUCGAUUCUCUGGUACCAUAAUCAAAUCAGAGAUUCUGCUUGAAUUAAAGGAUGAGAAAAACGAAUCUCUUAGAUUACAGAAGGAGAAGGUAUUGAUGGAGAAGAUGCGACUGCAACAGCUAGCCAAAAAUAGAGCUGCCGCGGAAAUUGCUUCAAGGAAGAAUCGAGAAGCUAAGUUGCAAAGACAGAGAGAUAGAGCAGCAGCUCGUAGAGCAUUAGAGGAGUUGGAAAAGAAUGUUGUGGUUGAGGACUGGCACAAAACCUAUAAGGACUUCUUGACGCUGAUUAGUUCUAAUGAGACACAUAAACAAGAUGAUUGCCCCUUGCUUCUCAACUCUAGUGGUGUCUCAAUAAGAUGAAAAAAGUUUUUCUCUAUAAGGAUGAAUCGAGGAAACUCUACACUGUUUGGAGUUUUUUGAUUCUUUUUUGUUCAUAGUUUUCAUACAAAAGUGAACCAAAGUAUGUGAGUGAUGUAACUGUAAGUGUAGAAACUAAAUCAUUUUUUAUUUUUUAUUUUGCUGGUAUGGAGAGGGUCAAGGAUGUAUGUAAACAAUUUGAUCUGGUCUCUCAAUUUUGUAACUGCUGAAUGCAAAAUAUGUAUACGAAGUACA